AUGGAUAAAUUCGUCGUUCGUAGCAAGAGAAAAAACGAGGACGUAGAUGAUCUUAGAGCAUCUUUAGAAUUAGAAUCCAAGGCGGUUGCGGCAGUCGACAAUGUUAAUCGUGUUAAUCGGGUUGAAAAUCAACCAGUUCAAAAUCAAGAUUGUAAAAUAAACUAUUCAGAAAAUCAGCCGGCUGUAGGAAAAUCUACAGUGCCCUCAAAAUUUAAAACUUGGAAGAAAGAAAAUCCGUGGCUUGAACUGAAUGUAAAUAAUUGUACUGUACUGUUGAUAAUUUGUACUGAAGCGUGUGAACGAAAAUUAAUUAUCAAUUUAGAUUCGCGCAGCAUUUCAUCGAAGCAAGCUUGGGUUGAUGAUGGAUUCUCAAAUUGGAAGCAUGGAUUGGAGCGAAUAAAAGCUCAUGUGAAAAGUAAUCUUCAUCGUGACAGCAGUGAGGCAUUAAGCAACGUUAAAGAAAUUAACGUGGCAGAACUAGUAUCAACGUAUCACUUGAAACAAAUGAUAGAAAAUCGAAUGGCAUUAAGAAAAAUUUUUUGUACACUAAGAGUGCUUGCAAAACAAGGUUUACCUACAAGGGGAGACAACAAUGAUGAGAAGUCAAAUUUCAUGGCGUUCCUGAAUGCUCGUGCAGAAGAUGUGACAGAACUACAAUCCUGGCUUCAAAGAGGUGGUCACAAAUGGCUACAUCAUGAAACCCAAAAUGAAAUUCUCAAUCUGAUGGCCAAUGCAAUUUUAUCCGAAAUCAUGAAAGAAAUAAGAGAAGCGGAAUUUUUUUCGAUUUUACUUGAUGAAACGUCUGAUAUCUCUCGAACUGAGGAAGUUUCUGUGUGCAUUAGAAUCUUUUUCGAUAAUUUAACAUCAAAGGAGUAUUUUAUUGGUUUCUUCUCUAUAAAAGAUAUUAAAGCAAAAACUUUAUUCGACCUCGUGAAUGAAAUUUUAGUGUCGCACUCAUUGUCACUUUUAAAACUUAGAGGUCAGUGUUAUGAUGGAGACGCGAAUGUUUCCGGUAACAUCUCUGGAUUGCAAACGAGAAUACGAGAAGAAGAACCUCGAGCGUUAUUUGUACACUUCACUGCUCAUAGAAUGAGUCUUUGUUGA